AUGUCAUCCACUGCACGUGUCGGUCCCUCUGUGCUUCGUCAGGCGAGGCCGGCCAGAGAAGGAGCGCGAGUGGCGUCCAUAGAGACAGGACUGGCGGCUGCUGCAGCCAAACUCACACACCAGAAGGAGCAGCAGAAGACCAAGAAAAAGCAGAAGAGCACAAAAAAGAAGCCCCCUGCUGUUUUGAGAGAGGAGGAGGAAGAGGAGGAGCCAGUGAGGAAGUUGAGUAGGGACAGCAGUUCUCCAGAACCAGACGCGGGCCGGGACUCCGAGCCUGGUCAGACCGACCAUGAAUACUCCUCUGGGGCAGGAGGGAAGCAGGCUGGGGGGCCCCAACCCAUGGCCCCUGGAGUCUUCCUUACACAGAGACGACCCUCCACAUUUUCAUCAUCUCACAACAAUAACAACAACAACACAGCCAAGGGGGAGCGAGGAGCCGCAGGAGGAGCAGGUGGAGCAGGAAAGGGUGACGCAAAGGGCGAAGCGAAGCGGCUAAAGAAAGGCAUGGCAACGGCCAAACAGAGACUAGGAAAGAUCCUCAAGAUCCACCGCAACGGGAAGCUCCUCCUGUAACAGGAAGUGACUCGCUACGGAGCAUUGCCAUUGGCUCCUGCAGUACUCUUAGCAUAUGAACUGGCUCCAUCUCCUUUCCUUUGAUUGGUGCUGGGCUAACAGACAGACUGAAACAGUCAACAUUGGUUUUGCCUAUACUUAAAAGUGUACAGAAUAAUUGCUAGAAAUAUUUUUUUAAGAAAAAUGUGUCAUUUUACUACAGUCAGUUUAUCAGGGGGUCGCUAUGCUAUGCGUUAAACUAGGGCUGCAGCCUAUUCCCUCUAUAGUGCCCUGGUCAAAAGUAGUGCGCUACAAAGGGAAUAGGCUGCCGUUUGGGACGCGACCAAGAAGUUCAUCCAGGACCCUGAAAGUAUCCCUUCCGUGUAUUCAGUUGGAUGGGUUAAAGAUAGUUUAUAGAGAAUUCAUUCCUACCAUUUCGAUGGGGUUUAUCAUUAACCUUGCAAUAUUUGUUUUAGAAUUUAAGAAAUAAUUGUUGCUUUCUAUCCUCCCCAGACCAGACUUAGCCUGAAAUACGGUCUGUUUGUGCUAACAUUCCACCCCCAGACAUGUUAGGCGACGAGGAGUGGAAUGUUAGCACAGACUGGGUUUCUCCACGCUAAACCCAGACCUUCACUAGAUACACUCACCUCCACGCUAAACCCAGACCUUCACUAGAUACACUCACCUCCACGCUAAACCCAGACCUUCACUAGAUACACUCACCUCCACGCUAAACCCAGACCUUCACUAGAUACACUCACCUCCACGCUAAACCCAGACCUUCACUAGAUACACUCACCUCCACGCUAAACCCAGACCUUCACUAGAUACACUCACCUCCACGCUAAACCCAGACCUUCACUAGAUACACUCACCUCCACGCUAAACCCAGACCUUCACUAGAUACACUCACCUCCACGCUAAAGCCAGACCUUCACUAGAUACACUCACCUCCACGCUAAACCCAGACCUUCACUAGAUACACUCACCUCCACGCUAAACCCAGACCUUCACUAGAUACACUCACCUCCACGCUAAACCCAGACCUUCACUAGAUACACUCACCUCCACGCUAAACCCAGACCUUCACUAGAUACACUCACCUCCACGCUAAACCCAGACCUUCACUAGAUACACUCACCUCCACGCUAAACCCAGACCUUCACUAGAUACACUCACCUCCACGCUAAACCCAGACCUUCACUAGAUACACUCACCUCCACGCUAAACCCAGACCUUCACUAGAUACACUCACCUCCACGCUAAACCCAGACCUUCACUAGAUACACUCACCUCCACGCUAAACCCAGACCUUCACUAGAUACACUCACCUCCACGCUAAACCCAGACCUUCACUAGAUACACUCACCUCCACGCUAAACCCAGACCUUCACUAGAUACACUCACCUCCACGCUAAACCCAGACCUUCACUAGAUACACUCACCUCCACGCUAAACCCAGACCUUCACUAGAUACACUCACCUCCACGCUAUUCCUUUGUUUGCUAAGCACUAUCAGUUACGAUAUAUUUAUUGUCCUAAUAUACUGUUUCAUGUCAUAGACGUGGAAAGGAAAGCCAACAAGGCACUUAAUAAAACAACUUGCGAAGGGAAUUUCAGAUGUCAGAUAUGUCAAUAUGAUGAUGGUUCCAGUGUUCAACCUGAUUUCUCUGGUCGUUCUCUGAACGGUUAAAGAAACACAAUAAGGAAUGGUGUCCAUCUUUGAACUAAUAUUUUCACACCCAAACAAACAUCUCAACGUUAUUUCACAAUGUGCCAUUACUUCCGUUUCAAGACUUUCUUAAGACAGAUAUUGUGAUUAUAGACCGUAUGAAUUAGCUACUUUAAAGACUGUAAAACAAAUAACCAAAUGUGUAAUAUAUUGUUCUAAAUUAGUACAAACAGUAUAUUACCACAGCUGACAGUCACAGUAAAUGAUCCUUAAAGGGA